GGUGCUUGGCGAGUGAAUAGAGCUACAUAUGAUAUGUGGAGACGCGACGCGCUCAACUACCGUCCACAAUAUCUUAUACCACCAUAAAAGCUUCACGAAAUUCGAUAAACGGCCUUUUACAGGUUCGAAUAUUCAAUUCCGAUAAUAAGUAAUCCCCUAAUAUCCUUGCAAUAUGCCACGCCCGAAACGCACAAAAGUUACUCGUCCUGCCGCGACUGCGACUGCGCCUGCCCCGCGCGUCAUAGAAUCAACAGAACUAAUCGAGCCGGCAUCUUUACCAGCGACAGCUCCAAGGGCGCGUCCUUUCGAUGAUCUAUAUGAUGUUAGUGAUGGAGACCUUGAGGCACCUGCGGAUGCGACAAAGCUGGCAAAAGGGAAGUCUGUUGCAACACGAAGUAGUGGUCGCAAUGCAUCGCGCAACAUGGAAAAUACAGAGUCCAAGGAAUCUGCCAAUACUACAAAAUCGAAGAGUGCGCCGGAAUUAGAAUCAGACGAUGAUACGCGGAUAUCGAGUAGUCCUGAAAUCGAAGCUGGGAGAAGAGGUCGGCGUACAUCUGCUAUGGACAAUUCUGUACUUGCGAUUGGUAAUUUUCGACGGAGGGCGCGCGAACCAAGUAUCUUAGGACAACAAACCACACGAGCUCGAUCAAGCAGUAUAGACUCGAAUUUAGCAGAAGAGAAUGGUCUUACAAGUGUUGGAAAGAGGAAUACAUCUGGGCUAGGAAUGGGAACAUUUAGAGGACGCGCUGGAUCUAGGAGACCAAGUAGUGUGGGUGGGGAUAGACCAGAAAUCGGAUCUGUAUUGCGACUUGGUAAUUUUAAGAGAAGAGCUCGAGAACCUAGUAUCUUGGGAACGGCGCGGAAACCACAAGAAUCAAGACCUACAUUCGAUUCCGAUUCCGACUCCGAUGGUUUUGCGCCUGAAGACGAAUCAACACCUUUAAACUUUGCCAAGGGAAGAGCUAUGCCUUCAUCUUCGAGUUCAAGAAAACGAAAAUUGUCUAGUGUACAGGUUCCACGCUCACAAGACGCUACGCAUACCCAGCAGAGCCCUUCUAAAUUACCUAGAAAUGAUUCAGAUCUCGAAGAUACAGUUCCCGCGACCGCACCGAUAGACAGUAAUGAAGACGACGAGGAGGGGGAGCUACCAGAAUUAGAAAAAGAGCCUUCGCCUGAGGAUUCGCCAUUAUCAUCAAUAGAACAUAUUGGGACACCCGAGCCUAUGAGUGAAACUAUGGCGCCUCCACGUGGUGGCAGUUCCUCUCUUUCGCCUGCUCAAUCUCUACCAUCACCUCCGCCACCCCCUCAACCUACUUUAAAUACGCGACAAGCAGUUACUCGAUCCCGUCGCAUAAUAAAUCCACGAACUCCACCUCCUGCCUCCAAUACAGAAAUGCAUUCCUCUCCUAUAUCUUCCCCGCCAUCACUCACACAUUCACCCGAUAUACCCACACGUUCCACACGACCUCCGCGUAAAGCUGCACCUCAACCUGCAACUUUGUCUACUGCAGCCCUACAAGCACUACUUCCAAGACGCCGUCAGCGUCAUCGAUCCGCUUUGGACGUGGAAUCUUCUGAUAGUGAGGUGGACACUACUGGUCUUGGCGAGCAUGAUGACGAAUUGACCAUAACAGUCGCCCCAACUGCCCGUCGUCAAGCUUCUGCUCGCCCUACUACUGGAGCAUCUGCUACAUCUUCAAAACUCACACAAAAAGCUAAGGCUGCCGCUAAAGGUAAAGGAAAGAGAACUUAUGGAAGGAAGCCAGCACCGGUAGUAUCUGAUAAGGAAAAUGAAAUCGAUCCCGGUGACAGUCUGGCACCUGCCCAAGACGAAAGAUCACCAGAAGAGCCUCGAAGUGAGAACAGUUCUGAAUUAGAGAAGAGGGUAGGAAAGGAAUUGAAAAAAGCUGCGAGGAAAUUCAAGGAAGUCGAUAAGUGGGAGUUAGAAUUUGAGGAGUGUGAGGCGAGUAGUGAUCAGCUUGCUCGAUAGUUAUGUUUCACGAUUGGCAAAGAUAUGUGGCGUCAACAAAUUUGUUUUUGUUACAAGGAGUGAAAUGGUGAGCGAAAGGACAGCGAGGAGUUGGGGUCAUGAAAUACAAAUGUCUUUACGAGUUCUAUCCACAAAAUCGUUUUGCAACGUCACUUGGGAAAUGGGAGAUUUGGCGGGAAGGGUGUCUGGAAAUAUGGCUUUUAUCAUUGGCCUUUCAAAGUAAAAACGGAUGCCUUGAUGGCUGGAUACGAAGAGAUUUGUGUAACUGCUUGCUAUGGUUUGUAGCUUAGGUAGCUCCCUCUUCUCGUCGCCAUAGAUAGUACGAUACUCGACACAAUGGACAUGAAUCUUAAACAUUCCGUCUGUCGUUCUGUGAUAAUUGAGCUUGUGAUCAUAUGAAUACCAGCAGAACAGUACCAAAUUUAGAGUCUACAGCUAGAUAUCUAGAACGUAGGAUACGUGGCCAUGAUAUGAUGUAAUUUAUCGGGCACAGUGUACUGAAGAGGUACCUAGAGCUGAGAUGAACAGUAUUUUUGGGGACGGGAGGCGCGGCUAUUUCUGGACCCAUUGAUUAUGUCGUGUCGGCCGAAAUCUGUAGGUGAUGAAAAUCAGAUCAAGGUUAAAAUGUGAUAAGAAAUAAUCUUUUUCAUGCUGAUUCAUGAUCAUGUCAACAAAACAUAAACUCACCUCCUCACGGCCAUGAAGAUUCCUCAUCUGCUAGAAUAGAGCGAGU